UGCGGUUGGUCCUAAAUAUUUUUUUGAAUGAGUGCGAAGGAGAAAACAUAAUUGUCAAUAGUGCCAAAAGAAAAUCCCGAAAAGGGUAAUAAAAAACGAGGGAAAAUUGCGAGCCAUUUUCAAUUCUAGUGGGAAGAAGAAAGCAUUUAAACAAAGUACUUAGGAAUAUCUAAAAAGAAAUCAUCAGUUCAUCAUUUAGCAUCAGAAGCAGAACAAUUUUAAUUUAUAAAUGGAUUUUUCUUUCCCAAUUGACACCUCUUCCCCGGAGAACAUUACUCCACGGCAGCGAGAUGGAGAAGAAAUGAGCCAAUUUCAUAUCGCCGAGCCCCAUUCGCAGCGUAUGGCCACCCAACUCCAACUUAAUAUAAGUGGGGAUACUGCGUCGGUACUGCAGAAAAUCCUUGAAAGCCUUGGUAGGAUAGAAUCUCGGCAAGAAGACAUGAUAAAACGUCAAGAAGACAUGAUAAAUCGGUUAUCAGCUGUAGAAAGCGCUCUUGCUAAGAAGAUGCCAGAACGUGCGGAGAUCCAAGCACAAGGUCAAUUGUUGCGGGAGUGUAAGGUGCUCUCGGCAAAAACCCACCGCAGUGUAAGCCGCAUCACUGGCGAAGGAGUGAGCGAGGAGCAGACUCUGUUGCAAAGCUUGUUCCCAAUGUCGUCAGAGGAAACAUUGCUGAAGGUGGAGGAGCACCUUACACUCCAAACUUACUCUGACGCUAUUACGGCCAUUAUUCUAAAUAUAAAAUUUACCAAGGACUCGAUAGAGAAGGUGAUGCAGUCCUUAUUUAGUGACGAGUUGGUGUGGCUGUAUAACUACGAAGGAAAAGCUGGAAAAAAGGCCCUAAACAAAUUAAGAAUAGUGGAUAUCAUUCUCGCUGCAUUUGUAAAUGUGCAAGAUAAAAAAAUUUUAGCUGUAAGACGUUUUGUCAGUUUAAGCCAUAAUAGAUAUAAGCAUAUAAAACGUAAUAUGAGGAACUAG